AUGGCCGAUCAGCUAGAGCUCAAAGAUUCAACUUCUGAUGGGCCUUCUUCCGCCGCCAAAAGUCAGCCCCGCAAGCUUCCGAAAAAGCGGGCCAAGACUGGAUGUUUGACAUGUCGGAAACGUCGAAUCAAGUGUGGUGAGGAGAAACCAAUAUGCAACAACUGCAUAAAAUCUAAGAGGAUCUGCGAGGGCUAUGUUCAACGCGUCGUCUUUAAAAAUCCCCUUGGUGUCUUUGGUUCAUACGGUCAUCAUGGUCAAGAUGCUCAAAUGCAACAAAGUCGAGUGUCUCAUAAAGACUUUCCUCUCCCCGCUCAACAUGCCGCCGCGGCCGCUCAGCACCCAAUGCUGGCCCCACGGCCUGUCGAUCCCUAUUCAUCGGCUCAAUCUGACCCACAGGCAAAUGGGGGAGCUACUCCAUUCUAUUAUCCUGCUCCCAUACACGCUCCACAACAAUGGCAAGAUCUAAAUCAAGACUCCUCGACAGAUGGCAUAGUGCAUCAAUCAAAUACUCAACAUGCUCCAGAGCAAUAUCCACAUCCAAUCACUAAUUGGGACAGUAUCGAAAGUCAAGAUUAUCUUGCUGGUCCACUACCACAGACUGAUGCAAACCAUGUGGAAUCUGGGCCCAUUUUUUGCGAGACAGGAUACCAGUACCCACAACAACAUGCUCAAUUGCCUACACCUUUCAGUCCUGGUCCCCUCAUUCCACCAUCUCAACCACAAGUCAUAUAUGUGGAUAUUGAGGCAGAAGACCAUUACGAUUUGGAAUCCGAUGAAGAGAUCUUUGACCACACCCAAACUGAAGGCUUUAAUCAGCUAAAUCUAAUCAUGGCCUCUGCAAAUCGUGAUGAUGGCCGGCUUCGUUCCUUCACUACUCACCUGAACGAACCAAAUGUCCUCGCCACCUAUUAUCCAACUCUAAGCUCUUCUCCACUUAACAAUCCCAAAACGGCUCGCAUUUUUGCCCAUUUCAUACACUCGACGGGUCCAUCCCUGUCGAUGUUCGAACGGCAUCCAACCGACGCUUCAAUUGAUCUAGGAGCCCCAGUUCCACCUGCUCAGCGUAGCCUCUGGGCAUAUACUUUACCACUCAAGGCACUCGAACAUCCGGCUUUACUCCAAUCUAUUCUCGCAAUUUCCAGUUUGCACAUUGCAUACCUCCAAGGGGUCCCUACCACUGUCUCCCUGAAGCACUACCACUUUGCUUUGAAGCGGAUCGGUCGAGCUGUUGGCCUUCCAACACGACGCAAGCAAAUCGGGACUCUUGCUGCUACUCAGCUGUUAGCUUACUAUGAGGUUAUCUCGGCCGAUCACACCAAAUGGAAUAGCCACAUCGCCGGCGCCGUACAUUUGAUCCGAGAAGUGGACUGGGCUGGUACCACUCGUGAUAUCCGGGCUUAUCGGCGAAUAAUCAACGAGCAGCGAAGUCAAAUGGGUUGGACUGACUCUUCCAUGUACUACCAUCACGCCCUCGGGGCGGAUGUAUCUGAGGAUGACCCUUUUGCUGCGAAAGAAGCCACAGUCGACCAAGUCCUCAUUAGUGCAAUUCUGGGCCGAGUUGUAGAUUGGGACCAAUUUGGACAUGUUGACGAAGGAUAUAGCACACCAUUCAAGAAGAAUUUCUCACGGAAGGAUAUUGAGACGUACCGAAUCCAGUGCGACUUGUACUGGUGGUUCACGAAACAGGACGUCUUCCAUAGCUUGAUCAGUGGGGAGAAACUCUUCUUGCCAUAUUACCUGCACGGUCAAUGCCCACCACGAGCAGGUAUUGGUCGCAUAGAUGCUAUUUAUGGCUCUUCUGAUCAUCUUUGGCUGCUGUUGGCACGAGUAUCUGAAUUUGGCCACCGUGACCGCAAGCGAAAGCUCAAGGCUCUUCGAACUGCGGGCACAGAUUGGAGACCAACUCCGGGAAUGUUCCGGUUCAUGGGUCGCUUCAGUGGUGGCUCAGGACCACCUGGAGGACCUCCACGUGGUCCCCCAGGUCCUCCGGGGGGUUCAAGGCCUACUGGGCUACCAAAAGCGUCACCAUCAGGUCCGCCUAACCCAGGAUCUGGACCUGCAUCUGGACCUCCAUCGGCUUCCUCUCAAGCAAGUCCACCGAUGUAUGGAAUGGUGCCUCCCAGUGGCCCAGCUCGUGUACCUGUUGAAUUCGUAGAAGAUCGUCGCGGGCAACCAACAACCCCCGAGGAAGAGGAUCACAGUGAAGAUACCACUUACAACGAUGCAGAAAAAGAGUGGGAAGAGAUACUAGUUGCCAUGGAUACUUUUUUUCGGGCUUUGGGUCGAGACUUUCAGCCUUUACCAGCAGACGUCACAGCAACUAUCCCAUCACCAUUCGGCCCUGCCUUGCAAUAUCGCACAACUACAAUCGCGGUGAUCCUGGGCUUCUACUACGCUGGACGGAUCUUAUUGCACCGAUUCCAUCCUUCAAUGCCCCCAGCCAUGAUGAUGGCUGCUGGCGUGGCAGCCCCAACAACAGCAGAACUUGCGCAGAUAAUAGGCCGGAUCACCGCAGGUAUUUACUCCCCACAGAGCUUUAACCUGCAGGCUGGUAGUUUGAGUCCAACUCUUGGAUCCUCGUUGACGGAGAUGACGAUGCCUGUCUUCUUCGCUGCCGUGCAGUAUAUAGAUGCUGCACAGCGACAUUGGAUAGUUAGUCAGCUAAGGGACGUGUCCCGCCUGACUGGAUGGAAAACAUCCGACGCCAUCGCCGGUGGCUGUGAGAAGGCUUGGAUCAUUGCAGCUAGUCAGGGCCGGGGACCUCCAUAUGAGCGAUCUUUCCAGACUGACCGGAAUCGUGAAAUACUUCAUAACGAUGUCCUCAUCAGAGCUCAAGUGAAUGAGAGUGAUGACCGGCGAUUUAUGGUCGUGCACCCACCUGAUCGAGCACAUCUGGCAAUGGGCCUGCUGAGCCUAGAAGGCGACAUGCAAAAUCUGGAAAUAUAA